AUGGCAGAGGAAGUUGCUGAGCAGGAAAAGGUGCGGGCCGAUAGGGAGAAGAGUCUCCGCGCUCAACUGUCGAACACCGAGGCUAUGGAAGAGGCGCACGCGACAGAAUUGGAGAACCUUCUUCAUGAUGUUGGUGGUGUUGUGUUCUUUCGCGCAAUCCUCGGCGAAGAUGAAGUAACGGUCAGCUUCACAACAAUCACCAAAUCCCAGGAAGCUGUCGUGACUAUCCACCACGCGAACCGUCGCAAGCUCGUGUGGCAUGAAAAGCUAGAAAAAUGUGUUGUAACCAUCAAGAGUUGGGAAUGGAUCUUGUGCUUGGAUCAGGGCUCUGGAAGGCCGGGAAUUCAUCUUCAUCAUAUGAUGGAACAUGAUGUGGCGGAGCUUCCUAGUUCAUUGCGGCAAAACACAGAGCGAGGAGCAUGCUACUGCCGAGAACCUGGCGUCUGA